GAAAUGACUUGCACCGUGCAUGAGCCUGAGAUCACAGGCCGUCUCCGCUCUAUCAGUCGUGCCUGAACGCUCAACAAACUCGCUUAACUUCCGACGGCGUGCCAAGCAUCAACCAGAGAUCAUGGUGACAAGCAUCAGCCAGUACGAAUGGCUGUUUCUGUGAAAAAAAAACGCUCGUUUGGUCAUUUGCAACAGUCGCAUGCGAAGAUGUGCAUCCAAGAUUUCUGUAUCAAAAACAUGGCUGCUACGCCGAUCUCCUGGCCCACUCCCAUGAGGGCUAUCGGAGCUCAGAAUCUGCUCACCAUGCCGGGAGGAGUCUCCACAUCUGGAUAUCUGCACAAGAAAGGGGGCAGCCAGUUCAGCCUGAUGAAAUGGCCUCUUCGCUUCAUCAUAAUCCAUAAAGGCUGCAUCUAUUAUUUCAAGAGCAGCACUUCCGCAGCACCUCAAGGAGCUUUUUCUCUCAAUGGCUACAACAGAGUCUUACGGGCAGCAGAGGAAACAACAUCUAGCAAUGUUUUUCCUUUUAAGAUCGUCCACUUCAGUAAGAAACACCGCACAUGGUUUUUCUCAGCGGCGAGCGAGGAUGAGAGAAGGAAAUGGAUGCGGCACUUACGAAAAGAAAUCGGCUAUUAUAACGAUAAAAGAGAUUUGCCUCUUCCAAGUGAUGAUUUAGACUCUGAGAGCAUAUACGGGCAGUUAGAAGAGCCGCUGGAAAUCAGUCCUAUUGAGGAAGAUCCCGAAGCAGAUUAUAUGACGCAAGAUGAAGACAGCGAUGGAGAGGAUAUAUCACCCGUGUCAGCAGGUCGACCCACGGUUCCUCCUCCACCGUAUCCUCCACCCCCCGUUCCUCUUCACUCCAGAGACCCCCGGCUCCCGAAAGGCCCGCCUCCUCCGCUGCCCCCUCCGUUCAAGAAGCCGUCCUGCACAUCCAAAGGUCCUCCUCCUCCGCUGCCGUACGCGCCGCACCUCGAGAAACCGGACGCACACCUGUCAAACAGAGGCCCCGCUGGCCCCAUGCCUCCUUUACCGCCGCCAAUCAGCAUGAAGCCAACGUCCGGGCCCUUUUCCACGAUGCCUGCUUGUGAAAGGAAGCAGAAUAUGUCUAUUAUGAGCAGCGCGCCGGCUACUCUACCCAUCGUCGAGAACCUGCAGAAAGUGAUUCUGAAGUCGUCGAAGUCGUCGCACCUGGGGCUGAAGCCCACCCCGGACCCUCGGCCCGUCUCGCCUCACCUGUCCAGCCCCGUCAGCAGCAGGGCGCUCGGACAGAUCCCCAAGCCUCCGAUACCAAACAAACCCAAACCCAACAGACCCUCCUUCCAAAGAGCGUCACCGGAUGGACAGAGUUUUCGUUCUUCUAUUGAAGAAAAGCCUUUAAAAAACCGAGCGCACGGCAAAAUUAAAGAAGACUCAGAUGACGAGGACUAUGAAAAUGUUAAUUUGCCUAAUUCCGUCUUCGUGGACACAAUGGAAACCAGUAACGUUGAAAGAUUAUUUAAGGAUACAUACACAAACCCACCCAACGGUCUGUACUGCAUCCGCAAAUCAGGAACCGGAAAAACCUCACAGGUGCUGGUUGUUUGGGACUCGGGUAUCAACAAAGCCAGAAAUUACAGGCUCUUUGAGGAGGAGCAGCGGGUGUAUCUGGAGGCAGAUCUGACGUUCCCCACUUUAUCUGCCCUGGUUGAAAACUAUUACAUCAAGCCACUUCCCAGCAGCAACAACUCAUUGCCCAACUACUCCCUCUGCUUACAUCUACCGUUCGGCUACGACCCGCCCAGGUGACAUCGGCCCCCCGCCGCAGGCUGAAACACCCACCCGACUCCUGCUGACAGCGCCACCUCUCGCUAGAUUAAUGCACUGUGAAGAUUUAUACACAAUCAAAUGAACUGCGUUCAGCGAAGUCCAGCGUUCAGAAGGGAGUCUCACUAUUAAAACCUCCGGUGAAUUAAACAGUGUUAAAUGCGCACUUUAGUAUGCACGCUAUAAUGCAUAUUUUAGUGUACUGAAUGUGUUAUUGUUUGCAUCGUUUAUCGGUGGGGUUCGCUGCGAUGCAAUAAAAUAUUUAUUUCAAUCGCUAUCAAGUGUGUUAAAGGAAAUGCGAUGCCACUGAGUUUAUUUGGUGUUCAAAGAUGCUCGCUGCGGGCCCUUCUUUAGAGACCGAAGGUGAAUCUUAUCAAAAAUGAAAUGAAGGAAAAUUAUGUUUAUUUUUGGGAACAUUAGAAUUCGCGUUACUGUGCUUUAUUGCACAACAAUAUGAAUAUGAAAAUUGUUUAAUAGUCCAUUUUUGUCACAGUGUUUGAUGUUAAGAUCUGUAUAUGAUAACUCCCGAUCUAGUUUUUAAUUCCAACAUAAGAACAGCUGAAUGUUAUUGCAAUAACUGUAAGUAAUAUUUUAUUGUACAAACUUUGUAUUAUAUUAUAUAUAUUGUAUUAUAAGUCAUUUAAUAACUGGGUAUUAUUGCUAUGUUGGUACACUGUUGUGAAGAGAAUUAUACACACUUGAAACUAAAUACACAGUUAAAAUUCAAAUAAAAAAAUAGAAAUCGAACAAACCAACCUCCAUGUAUUCCAUGUAUAUGGUUAUUUGGUAAAUAUAUGUGUAAAUGAUCCUAAUAUUAAACUGAAUACUUUCAGAAUUUAAAAAAAGCUGUGCAAUAAAGUAUUUUUACUGCG